UUUUCCCCGACCUUCGACCUUGGAACCGGAAUCAUUAUUCCUCGACUAAUCCUGAACGCCUUGGUAAAUUUCUCUGGCGACCAUAUUUGUAUGCAUACGAUCAAGCGACAAACAUGACUUUGGGCAAACCCCCGAAUGGGCGGUAACGAGUCUCAGUCUACGACAUUCGCAUCGUUUGAUAUUUCUCUUCACCCGUUCAUCAUGUUGCUUUACACAAAGGUUGCGGCGCCAAAGCCUCCCAAAAGGAGAUCUAGAGCCGGUUGCGCAUACUGCAAGGAAAAGGUACACAACCACAAUGAACCACAACCGCAUCCAUGACCACAUCCCACAUCCGCAGCCACCACCACAACACAACAAAAAAAAUCCCAAUCCAAACACCAAACACUCGGCAUCCGACACCCUGCCCUUCCCCCCUUCUUCAUCCUCUUCGACGUCCGCAUUCUAACAUCCGUCCCUCGGCGAGGGUAAAACAGAAGAAAAAGUGCGACGAAAACAGGCCGGAAUGCUC